AUGGGUUCCACCAACAGUUUCGAUGGAAUGGCUGUAGAUACACCCUUCUUGCCACCUCUCCACAAAUACAAUCUUUGGCUUCAGCAGUAUGCAAAUACAGGUCAACUUGCUUUUGAGCAGGGUGGUGAGGAGCUGUUGAUUGGAAAUGUCACCAUAGUUGCAGAAGUCUUCCCCAUGGAAACACCGCCUGUGGCGUUACUUUUUAUAUGGAACCAGAAGCUGCCUGUAAUUCUUCCUGGAAGUUCUAGUAUGUUCUUAAUGCUCUGGAUCAUUUGGUACUCUGGUUCAGAUGGAGUGAAAAUAUCAGAGACUCCAGAUGAUGUAACAUGGACUCCAGAUGAUGUCACAAAUUAUGCUUUACCUUUGCAAAACAAUCAUAUUGCAGUCGCUUUCUUUAUCAUGGAGUCAUAA